UUAAUUCGUCAUCUUACACUUCACCUUACUAAUUAUAUGAUAUUUAGAUUCCUGUUGCUAAGAAGACUGAAAUUUCCAAGAGGACCGGGGCUAAAAAGAAAAAUCCUUCCAAGUAUAGAGCGUGCCUCCAUACAUAUUUAGAAACGACAGAUAUUUCGGAUGGAUGUGUUCGUUUAAUACCUAUGGAUGGAGCUAUUUUUGGUUUUGAGUAUGCCGAGCCAUUGGGUAAAGAGGAUUUUGAUCAAAUUUUGUAUCAUACGCAAUUAAGCGUUGGUGUUAUCAACACAUACAUGAGGUAUUUAUAUGACAAAUUGAUGGGUCCGCGUGGGUUGGAGCAAAGAUUCUCAUUCUUAAAUCCCAUGAAAACGAACUUAACCGAAAUGAUAAGAAAACCAGAUGAAGUCAGGACGUAUGUAGUCGAGCGCUUUAUGGCCGACACAGAUAGAGAAAAGUUGUUCUUUUUACCGUUUAAUACCGGCGACGGUGGACAUUGGUUGUUGGUCGCGAUAAAUCCUUUUAAAGAAAUUGUGUAUUAUUUGGAUUCUUUACACAAGGAUUGGACAACAUACCCUGCUAUGAAGACGAUAGUUGACACCAUUAUACAAACUGUUCGAGCACAAAGAAAAAUUCAAGUACCAAAGAGAAAAGCCAAUAACAUUACAUGGAAUAGAGUGGAGUGUCCUCGACAGCGUAAUAAUAUAGAUUGUGGAUAUUACACGUUGAGGUUUAUGAAAGAAACUCUUCUUAUGGAUCGAACAGAUAUUCCAUCUGAUUACUUUGAUGAAUAUAGAUGUGCUUAUUACUCAAAAGAUCAGUUGGAUGAAAUUAAAGAGGAAUUGUGUCAAUUCAUUAUCGAGCUACAGGUUUUGUGAGGUUAUAUAGCAUAUUUAGAAGAUAGAACUAGAAUGUGUUGAAAUACAUUUUGAUUAGCAUUUUUGGAGGUUAUUAGAAAUGUGUAGAUUUUUUGUAAAGGCAAACAUUUUCAAGUAUAUAUAUAAAUACUCA